AAGUGCCGACUGGCACGGCGUACGAUCGAGGGUUGGGGCAGCUUACGUGCGCGCUCUUACGGCGCGUGCACGGUGGACAUUAACCGGACGGGACCACUCGGAGGCCCACAGUCGCACGUCGUGAGUGCCAUCGGUAGCAUCUCGCGCGAAGAGAAACGCAGCUCAUCUCGGACAGUGUAGAGUUUUAAGUUGUUGUGUUUGUAUAGCCGUACGUGAUAAUAGUGCGUCGUUCGUGGCUGGUGUAAAGGGUUAUGAACAUUCAUUCACUCGGUGACACGAUCAGUGAGUCUCAUUAUGCGCGAUAAGCUGCUGCUAGUGAUCGGUGCGUGCUGCGCGCUUACCUAUCUUCAGGUGGCCAGGACGCAGCAGAGUGAUUAUGAAAUCGAUUACGAUGAGGAGGGCUUUUGGAUUGGCCACGGGCUAGGCAACCGCAAAGAAGGUGACGAAAUCCUGAAGGUGCUGCACAAAUCGGUCGGUCCAUUCGUGGAGCCGCAAAACGUUACCGUCGUAGAGAAGUUCACUGCAGCGGAUGGUGAAAGUAUUACGUUCACACAAUUCAACUCCUCUAAGGUACUCACAUACUUUCACGAGGUGGUAUUGGACUUCAAUCCGAAAAACUUCUACAUCCGGCUGAAACUGUUUAAUAUAACCAGCCUUCGACUGCAGCGAACAGUGUAUGGGUUUCGAUCGAACGCAAUCAAACCGGAUGUGAGCUAGAAAUGCUCCCAUUAAGCCAUUAUGCGCUGCAACCCAUUAGAAAUUAGUGUCUGCUUUCUUUAAUAAGUUAUCUGUAGGUACUGUAUUAAUUAAGCUAGUGAAUAAGGAAUAAAACCAAAAAUCUCUUACAUCACUCA